AGCCGCCGCCAUCUUGUGUGAGGGAGCGACCGGACCAGCCAGGAAGGAAGGAGGAGGGAAGCAGCGAGUCAGCCGCCGACCUACCGUGGAGGAGCCGCCAUGAACCCCGAGUAUGACUACCUGUUCAAGCUGCUUCUGAUUGGCGACUCUGGUGUGGGGAAGUCCUGCCUCUUGCUACGGUUUGCUGAUGACACCUACACAGAAAGCUACAUUAGCACCAUCGGGGUGGAUUUCAAAAUCCGCACCAUCGAGCUGGACGGCAAAACCAUCAAACUGCAGAUUUGGGAUACAGCCGGGCAGGAGCGGUUCCGCACCAUCACUUCCAGCUACUACAGAGGGGCACACGGCAUCAUUGUGGUGUACGACGUAACGGAUCAGGAAUCCUACAACAAUGUAAAGCAGUGGCUGCAGGAGAUCGAACGCUACGCCAGCGAGAACGUCAACAAGCUCCUGGUGGGCAACAAGUGCGACUUGACCACGAAGAAGGUGGUGGACUACACGACCGCCAAGGAAUUUGCAGACUCCCUCGGGAUCCCCUUCCUGGAGACCAGCGCCAAGAACGCCACCAACGUGGAGCAGUCGUUCAUGACUAUGGCGGCCGAGAUCAAGAAGCGCAUGGGCCCCGGGGCAACAGCCGGAGGAGACAGACCCAACCUGAAAAUUGACAGCACUCCGGUCAAACAAGGAGGCGGCGGCUGCUGCUGAGGAGGAGGGACAUGAUUGUGGGGGUGGGGGGUGGGGGCCUGGGACAGGCUGGGGAGAGGGAGCCUGCCCCUUCCCGACUGCUGUCUGGCCCCCUCCCCUGCUUUUUUUUCUUCUCUGAAGGUGGCUUUCCCGGAUGAUACCUCGGCGGAGGGGGACGGGGCCUCCCUCCCCUUCCAGCUCAGCUGCUCCAAGUGCUGUUGAGCGUCCUCAGCCUGGUUUUUUUUUUGUCAUUUAACUCUGGGGUAGGGUGGUGUGGGCAGCUGUGGGUUGGGGGGCAUGGGCUCUGUACAGGACGAAAGCUUCCCUACACGUUUGGGGUGUGGGGGGGAGAUGAUGUUGUGCUUAUGUGCUGUACCCCACUAUCGGUAACACUGGGGCAGCGGUUGGUUCUUGCUCCGUUUUCUGCCCUUCUGUCUUCCUCGUCUUCUCCCUCCCUACACGCACACCCUGGCCCUUCUCCCAACUUCUCUGCUCUGGAGCAGAACUGCCUCGUUUCCCCUUCAGCCCGCCUUUGCCUGCUGCCCCAGAGAUCUUCCCGGCUCUGCCGUAGAUAGGACAACGACUGCUCUCCUUCUCCCACCCUGUCCCUGGCGUUUGACUGGUGGCCAGCCAGGGUUUAGUUGGCGAAGGGCAUGGGGUGUGUGUGUGUGUGUGUUCGUGAGUGUUUAUGUGUCUGUCUCCAGGCCCAAUGGGCAAGGCGCUGUGGCUCAGUCCGUGGACCUCUCCAUAUCCUCACCCGGCACCUCCCGCAUGUAGUCGAUGCUCUCCUUCCUCGCCUGUGAAAGGGUCUCUGGCCUCUUCCCUUUUUUUAUCCUCCCCUACCGCCCUUUUUCUAGGUCUGCUUGCUCGUUCCUAGUGUUCUCUCUCUGCUGUUCCCGAAACGUUCCUCUCAGGGCAUCCCGUUCCGCCCCAUCUUCUGCCUCCUCCCCUUUUCCAUCCUCCUUGAGAACGGACCUUCGAGCUUGGUUCUGGUGGUGGUGGGGGAUGGGGGUGCGGCCCCCUCUUCAGCACAGAUUCCUGCCCCAAGUGUGGGCUCGGUGGGUGACGUGUUGUCGAGACUCAAAUCCCUUCCUCAGGCCUGAGAUGGGGAGAGCCUUUCUCCCAGAGUCUGCAUUCCACAGUUGAUGAAUGUAUAUAUUGGACAGCUGGGUGACCUCUGCGCCUUCUGCCCUCUUCAUAAGCAUCCCCACCCUCAAGCUCAAUCCUGGGCCUGUGGCUGAGUUGUAACAUGGUGCCCUGCCCUCCAUCCUGCCCCCCCACCCCACACACACUUUCUAUCCCCUGCAGACAUAGUAGGGCCUAAAGCAAGCCCUUCCUUGACCAAACUGAGGCCGUCCAUCCCCUGGUGCUCGGCCCUGGCUCCCGAGAAGGCCGUGCUGUUGAUUUAGCACCGGGGAGCUGUGUCCUCUCCCCGGCAGCCUCUGCUCCUCCGUCUCCUCAUCCCCCCCCUCCCCUUAUUUAAAGAGUGUCAGGUACCCCGCUGGGCCAGGCAGUGGGGUGGAAGGUUUUGCUUGUCCGCUUUUUUUUUUUUCACAAGUGAAAUCAAAAAUACAAAUGAGAGAGAUUCAAAAAAAAUAAAAUAAAACAUAACCAGCCUCUGCAAAAUGAGGGAUUUUCAGG